AUUUCAUUUUGUUCCUUGCUUGCUAUCCGAGAGCUCAAGGAUGCGUUAUCCUCAUCCCAACGUUAACAUGAUUGUUUUCACCUUGUCUUCAUCCAUGUUCUUGAACGGUCGGGCCUUCUGCCUUGGAGAGAACAUUUAGAGAGAGAAAAGUGGGAGGGAGAAAUUUAAAUAUGGGUGGCAGAGGCAGGGUUUUGAGGGCUUUAUUAGGAGCUGUUUUCUUCAUGGGUUUUAUCUGGUUCUUGUUUGUUGGAGUUCUAGCCAGUCGCGUGACCAGAACGACUACCACAACAAUUCAUGAAUCAACUGCAAAGUCUGAUGAGCUGCUAAAGUUGAUAGCAAAAGAGAGGCAAGUCGGUCACUGGGAUUUGGAUCCGAAUUACGAGAGCAAGAGAAGAGUACCUAAUGGACCUGAUCCUAUUCACAACAGGAAAGCGGGGAAAACCAGAGAACCACCCGGUCGAGUUUAAGCACCAAGAAGAUACAGAGGAGCUUCAGAACUUUGUUUAGAAGACUUAUAGCCAUGCAAUUUGAGUGAAAUAUGAGUGCAUCUCCAUAUUAGAUUUUUUUUUUUGGUUGCAAUUCUUGUAGUUAGUAAUCAUGCUGCUCCACUUUUGGGAGUGUUUAGUUGUUGUAAAAAAAAUUGAUAUAGGUCAGUCAUUAAAUUACUCCUGAAUUUUACUCGAAUGACUCGAGCAUUCUCAGGGUACUGCUUCAUGAAUUGCAGAGAGACUUGAAUUUUAUGGAAUCAGAUUUGUGGAAGCUUCUCCUCUCUUGCACGAUAAAAGCCUAAACUUUUGGAGGUAUCCCACUGGUAUUUGCUUUGUCCCUACUUAUAUUCAAAGACUGAUGAGAAAGAGAGAUAUUCAUGGAUUGAUUGAGGAUUUUACUUUGCAAUGAAAAAGAAAACAGAGCAUGUUAAACGAAGUGAGAAAAAAAUGGAACACAAUCCUAGAAAAUGUGCUAGCUAGUCUCCAAUCUCCAUACAUCAUCUAUGCAGGCAUGUAAGAUAUAUUAUUGAGAAAUUGGCUUUAGUAUUUCUA